UAAGAGGCUAACGUGAUAUGAAGAAGAAGGGGAAGUACCUGGGGUUCCAAAACAGUAACCGUCAUGGCAGCCACCAUUCAAAGUUUACUGGAGGAAAUAUCUGGAGUUGAGGACCCAGUGGAAGAGCUCCAGAGCUUAAAAACCGCUUUGCUGUCCAUUCCACUCAGCACCCUGAGAGACUUUGUGAGCGGACAGCGUUUCGAUGUGAUUUUCUCUCUGCUGAACUCUAAUGAAAGGGAGCAGGUUGAUCUGUGCGUGGACAUUCUUGAACGCAUCCUACUAGCCCUCAGCCCUUUGCAUCUGGUCCAUAACUACAGAGGAAAGCUGCAAGAGGGUUUGAGCCACCCCAAUGACACUGUUAAGAUACUGGCCUUGACACAGAUUGGCAGGGUGGUGGAGCACCCAGAGGCUGUCACAGAAAUCGUCAACAACCAUGACAUUUUACGAGCGGUGAUCCUGUGCAUUGGAGAGGAGAAGAUAGCUGUGGCAAAACAGGCAAUUGAGUCCCUUUCGAAAAUAAGUCACUCUAAGCCUGGAUUAGACAAGUUAUUCCAGACUGAUCUCCUUGAAGUCAUGAAGGAAGUGAUGGCCAGAAGUGACGUAAUCAGAUACAGAAUAUAUGAGCUGGUGGUUGAAAUCUCAUCUUUUUCUCCCAUUUCUCUCGGUUACUGUGCCAACAGCGGCCUCAUUUCCUUGCUGCUCAGCGAGCUGACAGGAGACGAUGUCUUAAUCAGGGCCACUUCAACUGAGAUGGUGACCACUUUGGCCCACAGUCAGCAUGGCCGCCAGUAUUUGGCUCAGCAGGGUAUAAUGGAUAAAAUCUCCAACAUGAUCAGAGGAGCAGAGACGGACCCGUUCUCUUCACUCUACCUUCCUGGUUUGGUGAAGUUCUUUGGGAACCUGGCCAUUAUGGACAGCCCCCAGCAGGUUUGUGAAUCCUACCCAGUCUUCCUAAACAAGGUGUUUGACAUGGCCCUGGAUCCGGACCCCGUCAUGAUCGGAGUGGCUCUGGACACUUUAGGAUUACUUGGUUCUACAGUUGAGGGAAAGCAGGUUCUGCAGAAGACAGGAGACAAAUUCAAGGCUGUGUUUCUGAGAAUAAGCCAACUUGCUAGUUCUGGAGCUACUGAACUCAGAGUUCGGAGCUUGGACGCCAUAUCUCAGCUUCUCAUCCUUCAGCCAGAGCAUCAAACAGAAGACCUUUUGUCCCUGACAGAGUCCUGGUUCCACCUUCUGUCUAACCAGCCAAUGGACAUGAUUCGCAACAUCAGCACUCAGCCUUUUCCAGAGCUGCACUGCUGGGCUUUUAGAAUCUUCUCUGCCAUUGCCAGUCAGCCCUGGGGUCAGAAGAUAAUGAUUAGCACACCUGGUUUUAUGGAGUUCAUUUUGGAUCGCUCAACCGGCCAAACAAAGGAGGCCAAAGAUGCCAAAUUUGAACUGGUGAGUUGUCUUGUAGGCUCAUCUACAGCAUCAGAAAUACUGGGCAGUCCAAACUACAUCCGCCUGAAGACGUAUCUGAAAGAAGGACCCUACUACGUAUCAGCUGUGGCCGCGGUCAGCACAGAAGGGGCAGACUAAUUUACAUUAAGUCAGAAUACAUAAUGGACUGUAGGUUUAUUGCUGAAGUAUUUGGUAAAUUCCUGUCGAGAUUAACAUAACACCAAAUAAUUUGUUUAAAAAAAACACGUUUUGUGGCUUAAAUUAGCAAAUAUGCCACGAAUCCCCAGCAUGUUUCACGUUACAAAUUAAAAGCUGAUAAAGCUAUUCAGGCACAUUUAGGUUAUUAAUGGCACCACGGUCUGGAGUAAAAGUACUUGAAUGACUUUAUAGAUUUGAAACUGUAAUAGCACAUACUCAAAAGAAACCCUGAAGUAAACCUAGUGUUCGGGUUUUUACUGAGUAGUUCAGCAAUGAGUCUUGUAAAAUGUCAGAUAUUACAUGUUUUUCAUUCAGACACACAGUUCGCAUUAAACUGUCAGCUUAUCAAAGCAGUGCUGAUGUCCAAAAGUUUAUUGUUUUUUUUUUCAAUAAAUGUUUGUAAAAACACA